AUGGGAGUAAGCGAAUGUGAAGAGAAACAACAUAUCGUACGUUUAGUGUUAUAAUUAAAUGUCAUAAUUGACCGACAUACCCAAUAUAGUACUCAAUUCAGCUUAUAAAACAAUGUCUGUUCAAGUACAUGCAAGAAGUGUACGAAGACGUGAACGACGUGCUACAGACGGGUGCCUUGCAGCAGCUCAUGUAUCGAAUGGUCAGAGAAAAGGCUGAGUGCACGUAAGUAGUACUAUACAGUAUCAUGCUGGCUGUACUAAUCCACUAAAGUGUAGUUAUUUGUGUUAACUUAUUCAAUGUUAUUAUAGCAAGUUCUGGCACUUGACCAUGUGCUUCAAGUUUCUGGAUCCCUGCUACGACCAAAUGUGGCGAAAAGAAGACCGAGCUCAGCUGAACGCUGUCUUCGCCUUCAAGUUUGCUUCUUGUAGUGGAUUCAACCGGGAAGGUAAGCAUUGGGUUAUCACACACAACAUUUACUGUACUGUAUUACUAGCAAUUUUCUUUUAUGUUAUUAGAUGUACUAUUACGCAUUCAUAUAUAAGUUUACAGAAUCUCUGGAGAUUGUCAAAUGCUACGACCGAUACCAACAAGAACGAGUAUGUGAAGAACAGGUACAAAACAUGAAGACAGCCUCCACUUGUACUGCGUAUGUUAACUUUAUAUAUAUUUUGCUAUUUUACCUCUUAAUAAUCGUUUAGUAACUCGUAAUAACUUUUAUUACUUAAUUUUCAAUUUCAGGGAAGGUCACAAGGUGUAUACCUGUCUCCAAUCUCCAGAAGUCCAUAGCCAAUGCCGAGAGAUGACCAAACAACAAUAUAUCAUCGUAUGUCAGUUGUAUACCUUCAGAAGUGUCACUUCGUGCAUCACCAACAACUGUGAUAUCGAGUACAUAAGGGAAUAG